UUCCAAGGUUGUCCAGAAUCAAUUGGUGUUGAUAGCCCUAGAAUAGAUCUGCACGUGAAAGACCCCGGUUUGCAGCUUCCCCGGAAUUUUUGUCCAACCUCGGCCAAGCAGGCGCGUCACCGCUAUCAGCCGACUCACACUCCAACAAACCACCACGACGAUUCUUCCAUAAUACCGAACAACUCGUCUUUCUUCUCUGCAACAUCGCAGCAAUGGCAUCAGAAGCUGAACCGCCGAUCUCCACGACAAUUCCCUCCGACCCCACUCCAUCAGCACCCACACCGUCCUCUGAACCCUCCAAACUCCCAAGAACUCCAGCAAACCGCCCACUCCUCCGAAGAUUGCGAGUAUAUCUGCUGAGGUAUCUCACCCACCUCGCCCGGAGAACCGAUUAUAACCUGCUCCGCCUCUCGAAACUGCUCUCCUCCCCCACAAGCACCGAUGCGCUACUCUGCACGAUCAGCUACACCCUCGAGCUCGUCCAUGCAGUGCUUGAGCGCCUCCUUGAGCGCCGCCUCACCGAUAUCGCGACCACGAUUGCGGAGAAAGCAGAAUAUGUCCUGCUCCCCGGCGAAACGCUCAUAGCGACGCUGCCCGCGCUGACCAGCACAAAGAUCCUCGCGCAAACAGUCGGAUCAUCAAGAGCUCUCGCUGCCAUAAUCGGCGACUUCAGGAUAUUCGUGAGACUAUGGGGACUCGUGGGAAUCUACGCAUGGGCGCGGGAAACAUGGCAUAGUCCGCUAGGGAAAGAGGCAGGCAGGAAGGAGAAGCUGGUUAGGAAAGUCGUGUGGGGGCAGAUCGUGAGCUGUGCGCUGUUCCAGGUCCUGGAGAACGGCGCGUAUCUGGCGAAUAAGGGCGUGCUGACGACUGCGAGUUGGAGUGGGGAGAUGGGGAAAGCCAGAGAGACCAAGUGGUGGAUCUGGAGCUCGAGGUUUUGGGCUGCGCAUGUGGUGCUGGAACUUGCCCGCUUAUCGAUUCUCCACUGCUACCGGAAUGCCUCCUCGGGUGCUAAGGAUGAGAAGGAGAAGGAAGUACUUGGAGAUGGGGAAAAGGAGGAGAAGCUAUUAAGAGAAGAGAAUAAAAAAGAUGACUGGCUUUGGUGGAGGGAUCUGGUGAGCAAUAUCGCUUAUAUGCCGAUGACACUACAUUGGAGCGUAGACGAAGAUAGGACGUUCUUACCGGAUUGGAGUGUUGGGCUACUUGGUGCUGUGGCGGGUGGUUCGUUGUUGGCGGACGCUUGGAGGGCGACUGCGUAACGGGCUGUUCGAAAGAGCGAUACAAGGACUGGCUGGAGAGCGUAAGGAAUGAUACCACUUUGAGCUUCUACCUCUACUAUAUCCUAGUCCUGUCUAAUUCCAUAUGUAGCAAGUCUAGUCACCCCCUGUUUGGACAAUUGACGGUGUUUAUGAUUGGAG